CGUUCCUUGCCGCGGCAGUCGCGGCCGCCGCUUCUUUCACACUUUAGUUGGGAGCCGCGCACCGCGCUCAGUUACUGGCGAGCUGGCCGCGCGCCGCCGCCUCCCGCCUGCAAGCACGCGGGCCCGGCUUCGGGGUUUUCGGCUUUUACUCCCCGCCGCAGGGAGGAGGGGGAGCCCCGGACACACAGUGGUUAGAAGGAGGAAGAGGAGGAGGCGGGAGGAAGAAACCAGGCGCGGAGGAAAGGGGCGGGGGGCGGGAGGCUGGCCACCUUCAGCCCCCCCCCGCGAGCGCCCAAGGUGCGCACAUCUUGACCGACUCAGCAGGAAGGCUGGUUUUCUUCGUGUUUAAAGAAAAGAAAGAUGUCCCCGUGUCUGUAGAGAUGAUUUGCAGUUCAGCCCGGCUGAAGCUGAGCGAAUGAGACUAUGGGCUGUGCCUCCGCCAAGCAUGUUGCCACUGUUCAAAAUGAAGAGGAAGCCCAGAAAGGGAAGAACUACCAGAACGGAGAUGUGUUUGGCGAUGAGUAUAGGAUCAAACCAGUGGAAGAGGUCAAAUACAUGAAAAACGGGGCAGAAGAGGAGCAGAAAAUAGCAGCCAGGAACCAAGAAAACUUGGAAAAAAGUGCCAGUUCCAAUGCAAGACUUAAAACCAAUAAAGAGAUUCCGGGAUUAGUGCAUCAACCCAGAGCAAACAUGCACAUCUCUGAGAGCCAACAAGAAUUCUUCAGAAUGCUGGAUGAAAAAAUCGAAAAGGGUCGAGAUUACUGUUCGGAAGAAGAAGAUAUCACAUAGCACCAAUCUAACUCUGCAACCAGGAGCUACUACUGUGUAUAUAGGUGACACCCCAGUUGAAAUCUUUGCAAAGGUCGGUCCUCUCCAAGGAACAGCACUCUAGCAAAAGAAGAUUGUUCCAUAUCGUAUGCCCCAUUAAAUUCCAGUGUUUCCUAAUGAACUUGCAAGGGAAUAUUGCUAAAAACAAACAAAAAAAAAAAACAACUGUUACCGAACUUUCUUUGUUGCUGCUAGUUAAAACUUGUUGCAACUUUUCACUUCUCUUGUGUCCAGGUAUGCAGCAAAACUCUGCGACUCCACCUUAAAGAUACCGUUGGUUUUACAGAGGCUCUCCAACCUAUUUUCUAUAAGAUGAGGUAGUGGUGAACUCAGAUAUCAGACUUCUAUUCUAGACUGGUCCGCUUCUAAGCAUCUCCUCCCGCCCCCCCCCCUUCCUCCCUGUCUCUCCCGAGUGGUCCAGAGCCUCGCUUCUCAAGGGCGAUGUGGCGCUUGGGGGAUGGGACGGUUGCUAUGGCAAGCCUUGUUUCUCUGCUAAGAGCAAGUAGAGAAACUCUUAUCGAUUAAAAGCAUGUAGUGACCUGACUCCUGGGCGUGACCCCGGCGCGAGCAGCAGGCGGUUUGCUCACUAGGUAUCAGCUGGAGGAUUAAGCUUUCGACCGACGUGGGCUGGGCUCAGAUGCAGACCGAAGUGUGAUCACAAUCGUUUCGAAUCUCUCUUCCCCACUUUUUUUUCUAAGAAAAUAAACAUUUUACUGUUUUUAUGGA